AACACAAGCCCCACUUACAACAGUCGAGAACAUCCUCAUGACAACUCUUGAAUUGGAAAAACUGUGGACCCAAGAACAAAGGAAAACUAUGUGUUUUUCUGGGAUUGCUCCCUCGCUGAGGAAAAAGCCAAGUGAGGAGAAAGUGAGAUACUCUUGGUUGCUUCUGUCUGGACAGCCACCCUGGUUCCAGCUUCCUGCUGGAGACAAGGACUGGGGGUGUGGUGCAAGAAACAGAUGGUCUACUGAAUAGCUGAAUGUCAGUGGACGUGGCUGGACUGUUACAAGAAGCAAGCAAAUGCCCCAUCUGCUCAGCCUAUCUUGAAAAGCCAAUAUACAUGGAAUGUGGAUGCAUCUUCUGCCUUAACUGCAUCUAUUCACUGCAGAUAGAGCCACAUGGGGAGGAUUUAGUUUGCUAUUUGUGCCCCAUGAUCUCUCAGAAAAACAACCUCAGGCCCAACUGGCAGCUGGGAAAGCUGGUUUCCAAGAUCAAGGAGCUGGAGCCCCAUCUGACAACUAUUCUACAGAUGAACCCAAGGAUGCAGAAAUUCCAUGUGGAUGUGACCUUGGAUAUUGACACAGCCAACAAGUUCCUCCUCAUUUCUGAUGAUCUCAGGAGUGUCCGCUGUGUGUGCAUCACACAGAGUCGACAGGACCUUGCUGAGAGAUUGCAGUUGCCACUUUGUGUCCUGGGUACCCCUCACUUCACUUCUGGCUGCCAUUACUGGCAGGUGGAUGUGGGAAUGAGCACACAAUGGGACCUGGGAGUUUGUAAAGAAUCUGUUCACUGGAAAGGAAAGAUCCAACUGACUACAGAUCUUGGAUUCCGGACUGUGAGUCUGAAGGCUGGAGGCUACUCAUUUGCCAACACAAUGCCUCAGACUGCCCUCUGCUCAGAUACCAAGGUACAGAGAUUGGGGAUUUUUCUGGAUAUGGAUAUGGGCAAUAUUUCCUUUUUUGAUGUAGACAAUGGAUCCCACAUCUUUACGUUCACCAAAGUUUUUGCUGAGGAGCCACUGUGCCCAUUUUUUGCUCCUUCAAUUCCACCUAAUGGUGAUCAGGGUUUCCUGAGAAUCUGUCCUGUGAUGAGCCAAGUCACUGCUGAUCCUCUAGCCCAUCCUGGGGAGCAUGAAUAGACCCCCACGGCAAAGAAAUACUCACAGAAAGUUACUUUGUGGUUAGGCCUA